AGUCACUUGCCUGGCAGACGUUCUGCGGCGCUAUCGCUGUAGAGCUACGAUACACGCUAUCCGCUUCCUAACAACCUAGAUGGCGCCUCCUAAAGUCAGUGGGACAGACCUCAUCCACGGCGAUGGUGUUCUCGGACACACGCCGGAGGUCGCGCCCUCCAUUUCUAUGUCCACCACCUUCAGAGCGCCUCUACCGAAGCCCGAUGCAGGCCCGGUCGACCUGUCUACCGAGGACCUGCGCAAUCCGACGCGCAACCUAUAUUCGCGGUACACACAGCCUGUGAGCACCCGUGCUGAGCACAUUCUCAGCAAGGUCAACGAGGGCUUCGCUAUUACCUACUCGUCCGGCCUGGCUGCCUUCUUCUCGGCGCUCGUCCACGUUCGCCCCAAGCGCGUCGCCGUGCAGGGCGGGUACCACGGCUGCCAUGUCGCGCUGCAAGUGUACAAUAGGGCUCGCGACGAGGUCGUCCCCAGCAUCGGCCUGGACGACGAGUAUCAGCCCGGCGACAUGUGCUGGCUGGAGACCCCGCUGAAUCCUACGGGAGAAGCCAGGGACAUCCAGUACUACGCAGACAAGAUUCACAAGGUCGGGGGAGUGCUUCUCGUCGAUGCCACGUUUGGGCCGCCGCCGCUCCAGUACCCCUUCAGGUUUGGCGCCGACAUUAUCAUGCACUCGGGCACCAAGUACUUUGGCGGCCAUUCCGACCUACUUUGUGGCGUUCUUAUCGUCAAGACGCACGAGCAGUGGAUGAAGCUGUGGACCGACCGCACCUACAUGGGCAACAUGAUGGGCUCCAUGGAGGCCUGGCUAUUGCUUCGCUCUCUCCGCACUUUGCACUUGCGCGUCGAAAGGCAGUCCGAGAACGCGACUAAGCUAGCUCAAUGGCUCUCCCAAGUCUCCAAGACGCCGGAGGGUCAGACGUUCAAUGGCGUCCCAGGGGGCAUCAUUAAGACCGUCUGGCACUCGUCCCUUCAGAGAGUCGACAAGCGAGGCUUUGACCCCAAGAAGCAGAUGACUGGUGGCUGGAAUGCGACGUUCGCGAUGGAGAUGGCAAAUACGGAGUACGCCAGGUUGCUGCCGCAUACUUUGAAGUAUUACAUCCCUGCGACCAGUCUCGGCGGUGUCGAAACUUUGGUCGAGCAGCGCAUUCAGAGCGAUCCCGGCGCUCCGCCUGGUCUAAUCCGCAUCAGCGUUGGAGUCGAGGACAUAGAGGACCUGAAAUCGGACAUGAAGCAGGCGUUGCUCAGCAUCAAGGGGAACGCGAAGCUCUAGCUGGCACAUAGAUAGGUCAUGUUGUCCCGUCGACAGUGCUUCCCAGUCAAGAACAAUGUACUUCUGACAGCCCGGUCCGAUUUUCUGACACUUUAAACUAAGUGCGAAGCCAUACCCUGACUUUCGGC